AUGUUAUAUUCAGGCUCCAAAGAUGUUCUUCAAAGGAUAUUGAGUGGCUUGAAUGAUGCACAAAGGGCAGCUGUCACCAGCUCUCCAAAUGGACAGCUACAAAUCAUCGCUGGUCCAGGAACAGGUAAAACCAAAGUUUUAACCUCCAGAGUUGCAUAUUUAAUGAUAGAGCAUAAUAUACGGCCAGAGCAUAUUAUUGUGACUACUUUUACCAAAAAAGCUGCCAAUGAAAUGAAAGAAAGACUAUCACAGAUGUUGGAAGGAACAAACAUUCAACUAAAUAAAUUGGUGAUUGGGACAUUUCACAGUAUCUGUAUGAGAAUUUUGAUGCAGUAUGGGUAUGUGAUCAAUCUCAAGGGCUUCAAAAUUGCAGCUGAUAGGGAUUGGGAUGAAGUGAUGAAGUCUUUAAUAGAUCCAAUCACAGAUGAUAUUGCAGAUAUCAGAGAUCUUAAGCUGAGGAAGCAAAUAUCCAAAUUAAAAUCCAAAGGUAUAUACCCUGAUGACUAUUCCUUGCAAAAAGAUUACAACAAAGAAUUACACAUUAUCUUUAAACUGUUUCAAGAAAAGCUUGAGUCAAGUGGGUUACUGGACUUUGAUGAUCUGCUUGUAAAAACCAGUCAGCUAUUAUCUAAAAGGAACUGCGUAAGCAAAAUAAAGCAUGUGUUAAUUGAUGAAUUCCAAGAUACCAAUACCAUCCAGUUACAGCUCAUGGUGAAAUUUGCUAUGGGAGUCCCUGGAAACUGCAAUAAUAUUACUGUGGUUGGUGAUCCAGAUCAAAGUAUUUAUCGUUUCAGAGACGCAGUUGCUUUGAACUUUGAAUUGAUGAGAAAGAAAUAUCCAGGUUGUGAAAUAAUCAAAUUGAAUGAAAACUAUCGUUCCACAAGUGAUAUUUUGGAUUUCAGCGAGGCUGUUAUGCGUCAACAAAACUCAAGAACUUCAAAGAAUUUAAGCUCACAAUUUUCUCAUACUUUCCCUGCAGUUCAUCAAUCGUUCGGAUCCAGAGAAGAAGAAGCGGUAAAUAUAGCUCAGGAAAUCAAAUUUCUGAAGCUUUUGCCUAAAUUAUUUCAAAAUUCUGAUUUUGCAAUUCUUAUACGGGCAGCAUAUCAAAGUCGAGCUCUUGAAAGGGCAUUAAUUGAAAAGAAAAUUCCUUAUAGAAUUGUUAAAGGCCGUGCAUUCUGGGAAAGAAAAGAAGUUGAACAAAUUGUUGAUUUUUUAAGACUCGUUGCUUAUGAUGAUGAUAAAGCAGCAUUCCUAAGAACUUUAAAAAGCUGUACUUCAGGUAUUGGCCCAGUUACUAUCAAGAAAAUUGACGCAGUGAUUGAUGAAGAAAGUAAAAAGGGGUUUACUGCUAUCAGUGCAUUAUAUAAAAUUGCUCGUGGUGAUUUUAAAGGUGUUGGAAGUUCUAAAAACAAAGAUCAAAUUCAGUUGUUUUUGGAAAUGGUUGAAAAGGCUAGAAAUUUUGUUGCUAAUGACAACUACAGUCCAAACCAGUUAUCCUUGUUAUUUGAAUUUUUGAAAUCACAGGAACCGUUGGCAUCACUUAUAAAAGAAGAGGAAAGGGCACAGAAUAUUGAAGAAGUAAAAUCCCAGUUGGUUGGUUUUGUUCCUACAGAAGUUGAACCGAUAAACUCUGAAGACAGUGCGCCAUUGAAUGAAGACACUUUUUUACAAAGCUUUCUUUCAUCAAUUCAACUUUACUCUGUUGAUGACAAAGAAGAAGAUAAUGAAGAUGGCGUUGUUUGCAUUUCAACAAUUCAUUCAGCCAAAGGUCUGGAGUGGCCAGUUGUUUUUAUACCAGGUUUGACUGAGGGUCUAUUGCCUGCUAGUUUUGCUAAGAAAGAUGAGAAUGAAGAAGAAGCAAUUGAUGAAGAAAGAAGAAUAUUUUACGUUUCAACAACAAGAGCCAAGCAACUACUUUAUGUGACCAACUCA